AUGGCACCGUCUCAAUCAGGAAGUGAAGAAAACAACUAAGAAGAAUAAGUUGGAUAAAAUUCCUUAUAACUGUGACUUUGGCGUGAUUCAUCGUUCCAAAAAAGCCCGUGGUCCUGGGGUUUGAAUUAAGAACAAGUUACGCAUUGACGGUCAUGGAGAACGUUUGCCCCUGCUAGAAGCUCGAUCUCACACACAGCCAGCAGGUGGAGGGACGGUUGGAUGGUGUGUAUCCUUAGUCAGCUGGUGGUCAUGUGUGAAACUGUGGUCUGAUGCCCACCCUCCCAUCAGCGCUGGCCAUGGACGGGGAGAACUACCUGCAUCCAGAAGGCCCUCAUCUAGACAGCAGCUUGUUCUCUGUGGCCUCUUCUAACAUGGAGAGUUCAAUAUACACCUCCUCUGAUUCCUGGGGAUCCUACUCUCAGCAGGCUGGAUACAGCAUACACUGCCCUAUGCAAUCUGGAAACCAGCAAUACCACUUGAACAGAAGCACUACCACUACCACUCCGGAUGUGCACAUGGACUUAUACUCGGGAUUCUCUGAUUUAGACUUUUCCAGCCUCAACUUCCCUAGGAAUGGAGAUUUCCCACAGGACCUGUCCUGCAUUGAUGACCUCUCCACAAACUCUCUGUUCUCCUCCCCGGCUGACUCGCUGUCCGAGUAUGCUGAUACUCAGUCCUUCAUCAGCACAGAUAACCUGGACACAGUGCCCACCCUCUGGGACAUAAACACUAGUACAACCACCACCACACCAGCACAGAGCCAGCUAGAGCUGAAUGGCACCGGCAGGUUUCAUGGCUUGGCCAGUUUGGAUGAUAUAACUGCUAUUAUCAGCACCCCACCUUUAGGAGGAUUCCAGGUUCAGAGUACCCAGCCACCCCCAGAGGAGGAAGAGGAUGCUGAGGAAGAGGAGACAGAAGAACUGGGACAUGUAGACACAUAUGCUGAGUACAAGCCUUCUAAAUCCACCAUAGGAAUUUCUCAUCCUGAUAUUGUGGUGGAGACAAACACACUAUCCAGUGUCCCUCCUCCUGACAUCACAUACACUUUGUCUAUCCCUGAGUCAACUAUUAACAGUGGCCAGCUGUCUGCACUGCAGCUGGAAGCCAUCAUCUACGCCUGCCAGCAACAUGAAGUUAUACUUCAGAACAACCAGAGGGCCGGCUUCCUGAUCGGAGAUGGAGCAGGGGUUGGAAAGGGACGCACCGUGGCAGGAAUCAUCCUGGAGAACUAUCUUAAGGGAAGAAAGAAAGCACUAUGGUUCAGCAUAUCCAAUGACCUGAAAUUCGAUGCAGAGAGAGAUCUCAAAGACAUAGAUGCACCGAAUAUUCCUGUGCAUGCCUUAAACAAGAUUAAGUAUGGAGACACAGCUACCUCAGAAGGAGUCCUGUUUGCAACGUAUUCUGCGCUGAUUGGAGAAAGCCAGGCAGGAGGACAGCACCGGACAAGAAUUAAACAGAUCCUCGAUUGGUGCAAGCCAGACUUUGAUGGAGUCAUAAUUUUUGAUGAAUGCCACAAAGCCAAGAAUGCUACUUCAACAAAGAUGGGCAAGGCGGUGCUUGACCUGCAAAACAAGCUGCCACGGGCCAGAGUGGUGUACGCCAGUGCCACAGGUGCCUCUGAGCCAAAGAACAUGAUCUAUAUGAGCCGUCUGGGAAUCUGGGGUGAAGGCACACCCUUCAGAGCCUUCGAUGAUUUCCUGCACGCCAUCGAGAAAAGAGGCGUUGGUGCCAUGGAAAUUGUGGCCAUGGACAUGAAAGUGAGCGGGAUGUACAUUGCCAGGCAGCUGAGCUUCUCAGGGGUAUCCUUCCGCAUUGAGGAGAUUGGGCUGGACAGUGACUUCAAACUGGUCUACAACAAAGCUGCCAGACUUUGGGCGGAGGCAUUGCAGGUGUUCAUGCGCGCAGCUGAUGAGCUGGGCCUGGUCAGCAGGAAGUCUCUGUGGGGGCAGUUCUGGUCAUCUCACCAGCGCUUCUUCAAAUACCUCUGUAUCGCCGCCAAGGUCCGCUGCCUGGUGGAGCUGGCCAAGAAAGAACUGGAGGCUGGAAAGAGUAUCGUGAUUGGGCUUCAGUCUACAGGAGAGUCUCGCACCAGAGAAGUCCUGGAUGAGAAUGACGGGCAUCUCGACAGAUUUGUUUCUGCUGCAGAGGGAGUUUUUCAGUCACUUGUAACAAAACAUUUCCCAUCUGAGAAACAGAGGAGGGAGAAAGCACCAGGGAAUAAGAGAAAACGAAAGCCAAGAGGUCGUCAGCUAAAGGUACCAAAGCACACUAUGGACAGCGGAGGUGUGAUCAACAUCAGCGAUGACAGCAGUAGUGACUCUGAUGGCAUGGACACAGACUCAAACUCCUCACCGGACUCCCUGUUGGACAAUGAUGAUGUCAUCUUUGUGAACCACACUAGCUGCCAGACAGCCAGGAUAGAGGAGAUGAAGCAGGGCCUCCUAAACAAAAUCUCUGUGCUGGGAAAAGAACUACCUCUCAAUACCUUGGACGAGCUCAUUGAUAAGUUUGGAGGACCAGAUAAAGUGUCAGAGAUGACUGGUCGUAAAGGCCGUGUUGUGAGGCGUCCUGACGGAAGUGUCCGAUACGAGUCCCGGGCUGAACAGGGCCUUACCAUCGACCAUAUUAACAUCAAGGAGAAAGAUCGCUUCAUGGGUGGAGAAAAGUUAGUGGCCAUCAUCUCAGAGGCAGCCAGCUCUGGGAUUUCCCUGCAGGCAGACAAACGAGUGAAAAACCAGAGACGGAGGGUCCACAUGACCUUGGAGCUACCUUGGAGUGCAGACAGAGCCAUUCAGCAAUUUGGUCGCACACAUCGGUCCAAUCAGGUGACGGCCCCAGAGUACAUCUUCCUCAUCUCAGAGUUGGCUGGAGAGAGACGAUUUGCCUCCAUUGUAGCUAAACGACUAGAGAGCCUGGGUGCAUUAACACAUGGAGACAGAAGAGCUACAGAGUCCAGAGACCUGAGCAAGUACAAUUUUGAGAACAAGUACGGUACCAAGGCUCUGGAUAAAAUCACCAAAGCAAUUCUUGGCCACAUUGAGAACAAGGUGCCCCCUCCAAAAGGAUACCCAGGGGGUGAUGCCAUGUUCUUCAGAGACAUGAAACAGGGGAUGAUGGACGUGGGCAUUUUCUGUAGGGAGCCACGUUUUGGGAUCAGUACUGAGAAAGACUGCAGCAUCACCAAGUUCUUAAACCGCAUCCUUGGCCUCGAGGUCCACAAGCAGAACUAUCUAUUCCAGUACUUUACUGACAACUUUGACUACCUAAUCGAGAAGGAUAAGAAGGAGGGCAAAUAUGACAUGGGGAUCCUCGACCUGGCCCCAGGUAACGAUGAGAUCUAUGAAGAGAAACAGGAAACUUUCUUGACAGCUGGAAACCCUCAGGAUGGACAGGUGGUUCUAUAUAAGAUUAGUGUGGACAGAGGUAUGACCUGGGAUGAGGCUUACAACAGGUCACUGCAGCUUACAGGUCCUGAUGAGGGAUUUUAUCUGUCCCAGAAGCUGCGAGGUAAUCACCCAUGUGUGCUGCUAGCUGAGCAAGGACGAGGCAAGAACCUCAUCGUAUACAAGCCCAACAUCGGCAAGCAGACCCAUCCUGAGAGCCUGGACAACCUGCAGCAGCGUUACCGCAAGGUGACUGCAGAGGAAGCAAAGGACAGCUGGGAGAACCAGUUCACAUUCUCCUUCAAGAAGUGUAGCCAUGCCAACUGGAAUGGGAAGUGUAAGAAAAUUGAGGAAGGCCAGGAGUGUCUUCAGGGCAUGCGCCUCCGACAGUACCACAUGUUGUGUGGAGCCCUGUUGCGUGUGUGGAAGCGUGUAUCGGAUGUUGUGUCUGACAUCACCAGCUCAAGUAUCCUACAAAUCGUCCGGCUAAAAACUAAGCAGCAUAACAAGCAAGUCGGUAUCAAGAUCCCAGAGAACUGUGUGGCCCGUGUGCGUGAGGAGCUGUUGCUUAUGGAUGAGGAGGUGAAGAAGAGACGAAAGGAGAGGGAGCAGCAGGCAGUUGAGAAGCGAUUGGCUGAGGAGCGCAUGCGUAAGAUGGAGCAGGAGAACAAGCACCUCCUUGCAAAUCUCUUCAGCCAGAAACCCAUGCUUAACCAAUCUCUGGCUCAGUCUCUGGCCCAGAGUCAGAUCCUCAAACUGAAACUGAACCAAAACGUUCUGCAAAGGACACAAACAGGGGGCAGUGCUCAGCAUCUGCAGAGAAUACAAGCCCAAACUCAACCCUCGUUACAGCAGACUUCCCAGAACUCAGCCCUGUUGUCCUUACAGAGAAACCCAAGCCAAACCCAGCAAAGAACCCAUAACAGCUGGUCCAAAAAUUCCAGCACCUCCACCACCAACCAGGGGCCCCUGCCCAGCAUGGUUAGCCUCAGCUCACAGUUUUUCCCCCAGUCAUUUUUACCCCCUUUCUCUCAACUGAAGAACCCAUCUCUUCAUAUUCGUCAGCCCACACUGCCUCCCAACAUGUCUGCCAAGAAUCCCUUGGACGAGAUCUUGGACCUGACUGUGAGUUCACCAUCCCCCUCCCCAGACACCACAGAGGGCAGACUGAACCUGGACAGCCUGACGGGACACUCGGCUGGAUUCGGAGACGAUUUUAAUCUGGAGUCUCUGAUCUCUCAGUCUUCGAGUGCCCAGCAUACUACAAACAUGCAAACGCCUCUUUUGCUUCAGCAACAGCAGCUGCAACAGCAACAAUUGCAAGCAACACAGCCGCAGAACCACAACCUGCUCACUAACAACCAUCACCAAGACCUGUUAGAUUUACUAGACUUGCCUUUGUCCCCCCAGAUCCCCACACAGAAAGCCAGCCCUUCAUCCUCUACCUCCUCCACCUCUUCUGUGUCAAACAACCUGGUCUCUCACGCCUCAGCCGGCCUUCUGCCCACAUCCACCCUCCUCCCCACAUCGCCCUCUUCUUCCCUCUUCUCCAGCCCGUCCUCAUCCUCCUCUCUGUUUUCUAACUCUUCCUCCCAGUUCUCCUCCCCUUAUCUCCUCCCCCAAUCGGACUCUGUUUCCCUACCCAACGGCCACUGCAGUUCAGCCGCUCUUGACGUUCGUGAGGCUCUGAACAGCAUGCUACAGGCCGGGCCGGACCGCAAGUCAGUCAUCCAGUACCGGCAACAAGACUGAGCUUAAAUGCCAACGGCUCGUUUCAACUUUCUUUAGGAUUUUUUGUCUUUUAAAGCAGAUUGUCUCGUUUGCUGCUGUCUUUGAUCGCACCCUCGGACCUAUCACCUAUCUCCCCUCAGGGCCUAUAGUCACGUCACUGCCUGUCCUGCGCUCAGCUCACCCUUCUCUCUGUCCACCCUGUAGUAUUCACCUGCUUGAGGUUUUGGCGGUGGGUGGGCUUGAUCAGUAUCCCAUUUCUGCACCAAAGUGUGUCCUCCCCAGUAAAAGGCAGCUGUUUAAAAACUAAAUUAAAGAAGACAUGUGAUAACUGUAUUUUAUUGACCAUUUGAGCUGUCUAAACAAAAAGCUCAUUCAUCGAGGUGUGGAAAUCCUUAAUGCAACCUCCCGCUGCUGAUUUUACGAGGUAUGAUUGGUGAAUUGCUGGAAGCUCUUGACGCCUUUUACCAGUUAAAACCACAUUUAGGACUUCGCUUUACUGUUACUUCGCUUCAUGGCCGUCUGUCUCGACUAAAAUGAGGGUGUAUGCAAGGCAUGGUUUGUGAGUGAUGGUGUGAACUGGAAGAGGAGGAAAACAAAUUUAAUCUUCGGCUGAUUAGCCAUGAAAUGCCUCAGUUUUCAUUCUUUCUUCUUCAUGCUCCCUCUUUGUUUCUCUUCCUGCUUGUAUGAACACUAGUGUGAGGAAAAGGGAGAGGAGAAGUCUGCUGUUGCAAACAGUGCCUUUGGAGAAAUCUAUAAAUGCAGUCUUUAAAAAUCCAUGUAGCCUAAUGUAUAGAUUUGUACUCUUAAGCAUCAAUUUUAAUUUAAAUAUGGUAUAUUUGUAUUUAACUUUUAGUCCCCUCAGUGAGUCAGUCAGUUGUCACACCAUGCUGGUGGUGGCAGGAAGAAGCCUCCAUUCAGCUGGUGUGUGCUUGUAUGAUUGUCUGGGUUGCUGCUUUUAAAAACAAGAGCAGCACAUUUUUGUGUCCCUCCUUUCCUGUUAAUACAGAGUGAGUACGGAUAAAUGAAUCAGCAUGAGUAAAAGUUGUGUCCAAAUAUUUUAUCUCAGUUUUUUAUAAAGCUGACAAUAACUUUUAUUGAUGUGACUCCUGGUUUGAUUUGAUUUUGAAUUCCUCAGGAAAGUCUCAAGUGCGUUGUUGUCUUUUUGUGUGAUUUUGACCAACAUAGAUAUGAACUUAUGUUGUCUUUAAUCACAGCAGAUAACAAAAAGAUUUUACUGCCAUGGCAUCUGAAAGCUGGUGUGACAAACCAGUCAUGAAAUGUUUUUCUACUUCAGAUAUCAAGGCUUUAAAACCUUUGAAACAUGAGCAGACUUGUUUUGUUCACUGUGUAUAAUAGUUCACAUUUAAAAACCUGUGAGGUCUGGCCAUGUUCGUGUGAAAAAGAUGCACUGGUGUUGGUUUGUGACAAAAUGCCGGGACAAGUUCAAGUGAUCAAAAAAGCAAUAAAACCAGAUUCUACACUUGUUAUGAUACUUAAAUGCAGAAGUACUGUUUACGCUCAACAGGCAAAGCUUUGCAUGGUUCUUUUUUUCUGUUGUGCUUCAUUGUCCUUUAGUUAAACAGAUUCUUCAACAUACAUUUGUAAAGCAAGUUUCACAGGAUGAACACAAUGCAUUCUUGAUGUUUUAGUCAUUGUUAUUAUAAAAAAAAUUGUUAUUUAUAUUUAAGGGAUAUUUAGAUUUUAAGAUAUGUUAUCCUGCUUAUUAGAAUAGUUGAAAUGUUUGGUCAGGGAGGUUUCUAGUUUUCAAGAUGACUAUAAAACAAAUUCUAUUAUAACCUGCCACCAAAUAAGAUUGCACUGUUCUGUACUGCUGUACAGUGUCUGGAUUUCUUUCUGCUCACUUCAGUUUUCUCAAGUAGAAAUGUUUCUCCAACUCGUAGACCUUUGUCAGGCCUUCAGUUUGCAGAGAGAUACCAAAGUGUUCCCUAAAAGUUGCGGGCUCUAAGAUAUCUAAACUUUUUUAUCAAUCUCAGGAAGAAGCAUUCAAGAGGUGUAAUGGCGGGGCGUGAGCAGAAAUAUAUGAUUUCCCCUUAUAACAUUGGUAAAACUAACCAAUACAUGUGCUAUUUUUCUUAACUCUGUGCUGUGACUCUUGCUGUAUUUAUGUUUUAGACUAAAUGUGAUGGGUUUGCUGUUUGUCCUUGUGAAUAUGUCAGUGAUUCUAUAUGUUUAUGCCUUCUUAGGGCAAAGAUCAAAGGCUGUUUCUUUUAAAGGAACAUAAUUUUUUUCUGUGGACAGUUUAAUUUUAAUUGUGUUGCUGUUUCGUGACAUUUAAUUCAUGUUAAAGCUGACAGGUUUUUCAGUUGAUUUGCACCUAGAUUAUUCUAAAAUGUGCAAUUGAUCUGUCCAAGCCUUCGCCCCUCUCUCUCAGUGCAACGGAUUAGGACUGACUUCCUGACAGCUUAUUCAGAUUCUUUUUAUUGCUUCUUUUAUAAAUUGCAUUUCUACAUUUUUCCUCAUACCCUCAUGCUUUAAUAUUCCAUAUCAGGCACAUUCCGACACAUCAGUCUGCAAAAGUUUGCCUUUUGAUUUUGUGUUAUAAUCUCACAAACAAAGCUUUAUGCAUUUGAGGGGUAUAAACCUAAUUUUAGGAAGAAAAAUUUUGUUAAAGAAUCCUUCAUUAGUGUAGUUAGGCCUUUUUUUCAUUUUAUUCUCAUUUUGCACUAAGAAUGGCAUAAUCAAGUUACUGUUCUCUUGAUGGUUAUGAUUGAGCAUUGCAAGUUUGUCGUUUCUGAUCUUUGAUGGAUAGUUCUGUGUAAACUGUAACCAUUUCUCUUGUUUCCCCACAGUUUUCAUAUUAUAUGUUAUCAAUGUUAUCACUCUCAAAUAAUUUAUUGUUAACAAAAAAUGAAACAAAAAACAUGCUACUGAUUGUAUGUAUUUUUAAACAAAGCCUAUUUUUUCUGUACAAAAAGAAACUGUGUUCAGCACUUUUAUUCUGGGUUGUGCUUUUGUUUUCUAUAUAUUUAUAAUUUAGAUCCAAAUGUAUAUAUUGUAAAAUUUGUGCCUUUCGACUAAUUCUUUAAAAAAAGGUUUUCUACUCAUUUAAGGAAGGACUAUAUGAAAACGCAAUCUUAACUUUGUAAACAAAUAAAAACUUGAAGAUUGCUGAAA